AUGGGUCUAUUCGGCCACACGCGCAUCCACGAGAGCGGAAUUGACCGCAGCCUUGACACAUCCACCCCGCCGAGCCCCACUCCCAAUCCACCACCUUGUGCACCCACUAACCACUCCCCAGCCGACAUCGACGACACCGACCUUACCACCCCUCACUCCUCCACUUCCUCCACCUCUUCCUCCACUACUGCCACAACGACGGCCGCUUCGGCGUCUGUCGCCCACGACUUCACCACAGCCGAACCUGGCACAACAACAGGCACAACCCCUGCAACCUCCAUCAUCAGACGUGAGGGCCAGGACUACAUCUGCCCACACUGCGAUCGCACCUUCACCUCACGCAUCGGCCUGGUCGGUCACUUGCGAAUCCAUCGUACAGAGACUGGCGAACCAGUGCCUGGAGCACCAACCUACACCUACCGCACUCGCCUCCACUGCCCACACAGCCCUCGCACCUUCACGAAUCGCAUGGGUCUAUUCGGCCAGAUGCGCAUCCACGACGACCUGCGGUAG